GUCGCUAGGAGACACGAGAUUUGCUAGGAGAUUGUUUUUAUUUUGGCAGCGUUGUUUUGAUUCUUUUUUUGGACAUUUUCUUCUGUGAUUUUGCAAAAUUCUAGACUUAAAAUGGAACAAGUCGCUGAGAAAAGUGAUGCAGGAACACCUGUUUCUAAUGGUAAAGAAACUGAUCAAGAAAAUACCUUUCAAAUCAGGCCGUCCUUGGAAAAUUCUUUUCAAACUUUCCAUGUCAAAGAAAUAAUUAAGAACUGCCUGGAAAGUGUACUCACUGAUAAAACCUACUCAAAAGAGGAUGCAGCCAUAUGGACGAAACAGAUUUCUCAAGAAGUGGGUAGCAAAAUUAUGGAAUUGAAGAUGAAAAGGUAUAAACAUGUGGUGCAGGUGACUCUAGGGCAGCAGCUAGGAGCUGGAUGUAAAUACAUCGCACGCUGCCGAUGGGAUGCAGAGAGCGAUAGUCAGGUGUCGAAUGUAUUCACAAAUUCCAGUCUCUUUUGCAUAGUCACAGUUUUUGGAGUAUAUUUGUAUUGAUUGAUAUUGAUUUAAUUUUCUUGAGUUGUUUGGCGCGAAAAUUUGAAUAUUUCAUUGAGCACCUAGCGUGAGCACUAGCAAGGGGUUUAGUGUUUUCGAUAUUGUAUGUACAAACCAAAAUUUUUGUUCUAACGCUCACCUCACAAUAAUAGUUUACAAAGCCCUUUUUACUUAAAAAAAAUCAAAAUCACUGUAUUUCUGUAAAAAUUACUGAAUAUAAUUUAAAAGAAAAACAAAUGGAGUAUUAACUAACCCUAAAAACCUCCAGUUCAGACAUUACAAAAUCAAAUUUUGUAAUACAAUAAAAUAAAAUAAUAAAUCGUGCAGUAAAAAUUAUAUCAUAACAUAAUUUUUAUUCUCUCAAUGAUGAACUGGCACAAAUGGAUGAUCACAAAAAAAGGGGGGAACAAAAAACGGUUGGCGCAAAUUUAAAAGAAAGAAAAGAGAUACCAGAAUUCAGUUAGAGACAAAGACAAAGACCAACCGCCUCAAAAAAAAGUUAGUUUUUCACAGAAAAAACCACCAAGAAAGUUUAAAAAUAGUGAGAAAAGUUCUCCAAAAGAAAAAGCCGCCCCACAUUGACGUCCUGCUGGUGAUGAUCUGGAAUCCAUGAACCACACGAUCCCUGAGAAAGACUGAAAACACAAUUUAGUUGAGUGCAUCAGUUUUAAAAAUUGUCCAAAAAACAACCUUUAUAAAAUGUCAAAAAGAAAUUCGUUGCAAAUAAGUAAUUUAAUGCCCUUCCAGCCACUGAAGAAGAUCCACAUCAGGAUCGAAAGCAUUGGGAAAAACCAAAAAAGUGUUUUCAACUUGGGGUGACUAAAUUCUCACUAGCAAUCACCGGAGACACCUCUCUGAAAUAAUUUUUAUUGUAAAUUAAAUACGAUAGACAUAAAGCACGAAUAAGCUAUUUUUAUAGAGUAUAGAGAAGGGAAUUGCAUGUAGGAUAGCCCCCUUUUGCUUUGAUAAUCUCAUUUAUGAAAAGGUGCUUUAGUUCACUCAGAGUCAUGAAUUAAAUGCCAUUUCUUCUUGACCUAAUAAUUUUUUAAUCUGACAUUUUCUUUCAUUGAUUAAUCAGUUAGGUUAGGGCACGUGAAGUAAAAAUACAGUAGAUUCUCCAAAAUUUCAAAAUUAAAAACUAGCCCGAUCUUAAAAGAGCCGAAUUAGAGAGAGUCUACUGUAGAGCAAAUUAUUUUGUGCACCAUUUCAGGUUUAAAAUGAAAGAAAAAUUAUUUUAUGUAAUUUUAAUGUAGUAAGAAUGUUUUCUCUAAAAGGUUAUGUCACUGUACUUUGUAUUUUACUAAAUAAAAGUGCAAAAA